UCUCGGGCGCCGCUGCGCUCGCUCGCUCGACACUCACUCGCCCGGAGGUUUCCCCGCCGGCCGCGUCCCGUCCCGUCCGCUCCCUGCGAACUCAGCGUGCCCUCUGCACAUCCCCCGGCCCGCUCCCGCCCGGUUACGCCAGACGCCGAUCUGCCCGACGGCGACAUGGGCGUCCCCCUAGUCCUGGAGGCUGGCAGCCGGCGCUGGGGGCCUGUGCUCUUCGCCUUCUUCCUGGCUGCCUCCCGAGCAGGUCUGGUGGCAGCGUUCAAGAUCACCACACCAUAUUCCCUGUAUGUGUGUCCUGAGGGGCAGAAUGUCACUCUCACCUGCAGACUCUUGGGCCCCAUGGCCAAAGGGCAUGACGUGACCUUCUAUAAGACCUGGUACCGCAGCUCACGGGGCGAGGUGCAGGCCUGCUCGGAGCACCGGUCUAUCCGCAACCUCUCGUUCCAUGAUCUUCACUUGCAUCACAAUAGCCACCUGGCCAAUUCCAGCCAGGAUCUGGCACAGCGCCACGGGUUGGAGUUGGCCUCCGACCACCACGGCAACUUCACCUUCACCAUGCGCAACCUGACCUUGCUGGACAGUGGCCUCUAUUGCUGCCUGAUGGUGGAGAUAAGGCACCACCACUCAGAGCAGCGGCUCUACGGAGCCAUGGAGCUGCAGGUGCAGAGAGGUGAAGAAGCACCAUCCAAAUGUAUCCCAUACCCAUCUUCCUCUAAGGAGAGUGAAAGUAUCACGGCUGCCGCCCUGGCUACAAGUGCCUGCAUCGUGGGCAUCCUCUGCCUCCCUCUCAUCCUGCUCCUGGUCUACAAGCAGAGGCAGGUGGCCUCCAACCGCCGUGCCCAGGAGCUGGUGCGGAUGGACAGCAGCAACGUUCAAGGAAUUGAAAACCCGGGCUUUGAGAACUCUCCACCCUCCCAGGGGAUGGUGGAGGCCAAACCCAGGCCUCCCCUGUCCUAUGUGGCCCAGCGGCAGCCUUCUGAGUCUGGGCGGCACCUGCUCUCUGAGCCCAACACUCCUCUGUCUCCACAAGGCCCCGGCGAUGUCUUCUUCCCCUCCCUAGACCCUGUCCCCGACUCCCCAAACUCCGAGGCCGUCUAGACCAGCUGGGUGCCAGUAGGCAGCUGUGGCUGGGCCUGGGGCAGGUGCAUUUGAGCCAGGGCUGGCCCUCUGAGUGGCCCCUUGGCCUUGGCCCCGUUUCCUGCCUCCUGCUCCAAGCCCAGAUUCUUUGAGGUCCCCCUGAUGGUCUGAUCUUCGACCCCUCAUGGCAGAAGGGAGAAGGUACUGGAUCACUCAAUCCCUGUCUCAAAGACAGUCGGGUGCUGGGAACCCACCCCAGAGGCCUGAAAUUCACCAGCUACUGAUGCCAAA